UCACGCGCCCUGUCUGCCCCCUCUUCUCCACCCACACCAACCCCAUCCCUAAUCGCCCACCGGAACACCACCACAACUCCAAGAAACAGAACCCAAGCUCUCUUUCCUCUCCUUGCCACUUGUUCGCCGCCUCCGGGGACUUCGCCGGACAACCGCCCGACCGGUUGCGCGAUUGUCCUGGAGGGGAGCGUCGGGAUGGCCUCGAUUGCGCCGCCGUCUUCCUCCGUCGCCGCGCUCCGCCGCUACCCGGUGCAGUUCUUGAGAAGCAGUGAUGUCUCCAAGGAAUCAAAGGGAUCGGUUUCUUUUCCCGCGAAUUCAAGAAGUGCCAACAUGAAAUCCCCGGGACUGGCGAUAGCGGCAUCCUUGAGAAAGAAUGUCGGUUUUCCAGCCGACGGUUACUCGGAAAACGACGACACGCUGCUACGAAAGAGCACUUCUUUGCGAGGCCAGGACCAUCCAACCGCGGACUCUGAUCUCCCACUGGGUUCCGUCGCUGCAGCAGAAAUCAUUUCUACUGAACUGUCACGUGUGGCCCUAGCGGACACGUUCUUAAACGAUGAGAACGACGCCGAACUUGAUCUGGAUAGCCCAACCGAGGGCUUCGCGUCUAUUGCGGAUGCUAUCGAGGACAUUCGACAAGGAAAACUCGUGAUUGCCGUCGAUGAUGAAUCAAGAGAAAAUGAAGGGGAUCUUAUAUUGGCUGCUUCUUUGGUUACCCCAGAGGCCAUGGCUUUUAUAGUUAGGCAUAGCACAGGAAUUGUUUGUGUUAGCAUGAAAGAAGAUGACCUGGAAAGAUUGAACCUUCCUUUGAUGGUUUCAUCAAAGGAAAAUGAAGAGAAGCUCUGUACUGCAUUCACCAUUACUGUGGAUGCUAAAGAAGGCACAACGACGGGGGUAUCUGCAAAAGAUAGGGCAAAGACAGUCAUGACUCUUGCAUCUCCUGACUCAAAGCCUCAAGACUUCAACAGGCCUGGCCAUAUUUUUCCUCUGAAGUACAGAGAGGGUGGUGUUCUGAAACGAGCUGGGCACACUGAAGCAGCCGUUGAUCUUGCUGUGCUGGCUGGGCUACCUCCUGUCGGAGUACUCUGUGAGAUUGUGGAUGAGGAUGGCUCAAUGGCCCGUUUACCCAAGCUGCGUGUGUUUGCCGAAAGGGAAAAUUUGAAGAUAAUAUCGAUUGCUGACUUGAUUAGAUAUAGGAGAAAAAGAGACAGGCUAAUUGAACGUGCAUCUGUUGCACGCUUACCUUUGAGAUGGGGCAAUGUCCGUGCUUACUGCUACAGAUCUAUUAUUGAUGGGAUCGAGCAUAUCGCGAUGGUGAAAGGUGAUAUUGGCGAUGGUCAAGAUAUUUUAGUGAGGGUCCAUUCUGAGUGCCUCACAGGAGACAUUUUUGGAUCGGCAAGAUGUGAUUGUGGUGACCAGCUUUCAAUGUCAAUGGAGAUGAUUGAGAAAGCUGGAAGGGGUGUACUAGUUUAUCUUCGUGGACAUGAAGGGAGGGGCAUUGGUCUGGGUCACAAGCUUCGUGCAUAUAACCUACAAGAUGACGGGCGGGACACCGUGGAGGCUAAUGAGGAACUAGGACUGCCUGUUGACUCGAGGGAAUACGGGAUCGGUGCACAGAUAUUACGUGAUAUCGGAGUCCGUUCAAUGAGGUUGAUGACUAACAAUCCUGCAAAAUAUGUCGGUCUCAAGGGUUACGGCUUGAGCAUUGUGGGCAGGGUGCCCUUGGUAACUCCAAUAACCACGGAGAAUCGUAGAUACCUCGAGACCAAAAGAACAAAAAUGGGGCAUGUAUACUCCAACCGCCAGGCAAACAGUCAGACCCAAAGCACCAGCUCAGACUAGAAGCACUAGGCCUACUGGACUUGCUUCCAUUCACAUUUUAGCGGGUGCUGUUCUUGUACGGUUGAGUUUCUGAGAUUAUGUCAGACCAUGUGUCUGAGGUGAGUUGUUUUUCAGGUCAUGAUAGGUUGAAAGAUAGCUAGUACCGGCUAAUAGUAAUAAUAAAUCAUCCCUUAAUUUGUUGGUAAUUCUCAGCAAAACCAUUGUUGUAAAUAUACGCAAUAUAAUGCAGUUAUGAUUUAUGAGCCA